AUGGCGACCGAGAUCUGCAAUUCCGAUUAUGAGCCACGACCCAGUAAGCAACAGCGGGUCCGUUCCCCCAUGAUCAAUCAACUUGGGGACGAUCUCCUCUUAGAAGUUUUGAUUCGCCUCCCUAACCCUAGAUACGCCUGGCAGAGCAAAGCCGUCUGCAAGCGCUGGAGGUCUCUGAUCUCCAACCCUAGCUUCAAUCGCCGUUUCGUUUCUCACCACCAGAGAAUCAGCGAGCUGCGGCCGCCUCUGCUUCUUCCCUCAGACGACCCGGAUUCCAUCAUCCAGAGCUUCGUCCCCGCGCCUCCUGGAGUGCGUCUGGUAGUUUUGGAUUCCUGCGGUGACUUGCUCUUGUGCGGCUUUCCUGGGGAUGCUCGUGAAGACGCCAUUAAAGUGUACAGAUCGUACAUUGUCUGCAAUCCUUUCACGAAGCAAUGGCUCCCGCUUCCUCUGCAGCCUCUGUGGCCGACCGGGAGCUCGGGAUUGGUUGCGAGGUUAGUUUGCGAACCCUGUAUCUCGAAUUGUCUAGAUCUUGGGGAUGGGCAAGUGUCUGUGUAUUCCGAGUAUCGAUUCCGGGUGGUGUGUAUGUACAACCAUCUGAAUACUCUGAAGAUGGACGUGUUCUGUUCCGAGCGUAGAGAAUGGAUGAAGGAGGCUGUCUCUGUUGAUGCCCAUCUCAGGCACCAACUGUAA